GGUGGUUUAUCGUGUGCGGGGCAAAAUGGAGCCUGAGGCCAUGAGUAGGUACACCAGCCCUGUCAACCCAGCCAUCUUCCCACACCUGACUGUGGUACUUCUGGCCAUCAGCAUGUUCUUCACCGCCUGGUUCUUCGUUUACGAGGUCACCUCCACCAAGUACACUCGUGACAUUUACAAAGAGCUCCUCAUCUCCUUGGUGGCGUCACUCUUCAUGGGCUUUGGAGUCCUCUUCCUCCUGCUCUGGGUUGGCAUCUACGUAUGA